AUGCAUCGACUUUUUGCUGAGCUGGAGCCAUCUGUAACCGUCACCGAGCAAAACCUGGCAGACCGAGUUCGGUAUAUCUUGCGCUCAAAUACAUUUGAUGUCACCGAACUCGAACGGCUACGACGUGAGGCUGUUCCUUCAUCGGAUGAAAAUGCUACGGCUGAGGAUGCGGCGCCACAACUUGCAGAGCAACCGGCAAACGUGGAUGCCGUCGUGAAUACCCCAGUUUUGGUUGAUUCAAACGAUGAUGGAACAGUCGCCCAGGAACUGGAACUGGAGCAAAUGAGGAGUACAUUGGAUGAGGCGAUUUUGGAAACGCGCAGUACGCCUCUCGAAAAUCGACCGCCACUUCCCCGCAUAGCCCUCAGCAAGCGGAAUUGGGCUACCGUGAGGGCUCUGAACCCAAUGCUGGUAACCUAUUUGGAACCCAGCCGGGACUUUUGCGAGACGGACUCAAUUCUCUUUGGCGCCGCACUGGCAGUCUGCCGUAUUAUUGGUGCCAAACUUUCCACGGCUGGACGCACUACUGGACAAAGUAGUGCUAUCCUAGCCUGGAGAACAAGAAUUGAAGAACGUAUCGCAAAGGCCAUGGCCCUCAUCGGCAGACUGAUAUGCUUCAGGUCAGGCAAUACCAGGCCAAGGAUUGUGCGCACCGUCAGGAUGGCGUUUUCUGGGACAAAUGUUAGUUUGUCCCAGCCGGAUAUAAUGCUAAAACUGAGGGAGCGCAUAGACGACCUGAAGCAGAGAAUCGCUGCAUGGGGAAAGUGGAUUCGGCGAUAUACCGAGAGGUUGACACGGUUCAACCAGAAUCCACUCUUCCAGAGUGAUCAGAAGAGGCUCUAUAAAUCAUUGGAGCGACCAAUGGUAAGUGGAACGGGCCCAGUACCGAAUCUGACCGACACGGUCGCAUUCCGGCGCAGCCUGUGGUCAGAGCCCGUAAACCACAAUGAGGGCCCUUGGACGGAAGUUGUGGCGAGUCAGUGUGCGGGUAUUACGCCCAUGGACCCCGUCAUCAUAACGCCGGAUGACGUAGCUGAGGCGGUCCGUAGGGCUCCGAACUGGAAAAGUCUGGGGCUUGACGGGCUGCAUCACUACUGGCUGAAGGGGUUCAUAGUGUGUUAUGCUGUGCUCGCUCGACAGUUUCAAGAGGCUCUCAACCAGAAGUCGCUCCCGAGCCUCUUCACUACUGUGAUCACUCAUUUGGUUCCUAAAGAUCAGGGUGCCACAGACCCGAGCAAAUACCGCCCCAUCACCAAAAGCAUCACAACAGGAUUGCCAGUAGAAUCAACAUCUGUUUUAAAUUUACAACUGCUACCUGAUAAAUCACAACUCAGAAUCCUGGAACCAACAACCAGUCAACCGCGAUGUAGCGAUGUACCGCGAAGUAGUACGAGUAGAAGCGAUUCAUUUGAGUUGGGGCGGGACAACAUAUCACUGAAUAAGGACAACGUAUUAGAACCCAAUACCCUUAAUUGA